GAGAAUCUCUUAUAAAAUAUAAUAUUAAGUAAUCGAGAAACAUCAAAAACAUUAUGGCAAGGAUGAUAGAACCUUUAAUAGUAGGACGGGUGAUAGGAGAUGUGAUCGAUCCCUUCAACCCAUCCGUACAAAUGUGUGUCAACUAUAACAAUAAGCAGGUUUUCAAUGGCUCCGAGCUUCUUCCUUCUUCCGUCGCCUCCAAACCUCGGGUCGAUAUCAAUGGUGAAGAUAUGAGAACUUUCUUUACCUUGGUAUUGACAGACCCAGAUGUACCUGGACCAAGUGAUCCUUAUUUGAGAGAGCAUCUUCAUUGGAUAGUGUCGGACAUACCAGGCACAACUGACUCCACUUUUGGAUCGGAGAUGGUUCGAUAUGAAAUCCCAAGGCCAAACAUAGGAAUACACAGGUUUAUAUUCAUCCUAUUUAAGCAGAAUCGUCGACAAACAAUAGUGAGUCUACCUUCGACUAGGGAUUACUUCAACACUCGACAAUUCGCAGCCGAAAAUGAUCUAGGUCUUCCUGUUGCUGCUGCCUAUUUCAAUUGUCAAAGAGAAACUGCAGCUAGAAGACGUUAAUUACCCUAGCAAAUCAUUAUUAUAUAAAUAAUUAUGCUAUUAAUUAAUUUGACAGCUUACUUACAUGCAAUGGUUCGAGCAUAUUUUUGUUCUUUUGUGAGGGUUUGACAGUUUGUGCAUAAUGCACUAUUGUACCGUGUGAGAUUGUAAUUUUGUGCACGUAAUUUUUUUUCUUUUGGUUCUUGAGAGAGUCAUGGAGAGUUUGAUUGUGUGCAAUGAUUUUGUGUGAUUUAAAAUUUUUGGGUGCGUGUGUACUAUACAAUACUAAAAAGAGGUGGUGUUCAACAAAUUUUGUUGUCUAUUGUUGGUGAUUUAUACUGUAAGUUUGUAAUACAUGUUUUUUUAUAUCGACGACUCAAAC